GUUAAUCAAAGCGUGAUAUGAUUCUCCACCACACACGCCAUUUAUUUCCUGUUUACCACCAAUUAGAGGAAGCAACAUACAAAGCGGAAGGAGCUGUUUAAGACAAAAAAAAUGGACAGAUUGAAAAGUGGGGCAGGAAGAUUUUAGGUAACUUAAAACCGAAAUUGAUGAAAGAUCACUGCAGACCAACAGACCGAGGAGGGAAAAAGACAUCAGGAAACAAACCGCAGAUAAAUAAUUCAGACUUCAAGAUCUUAAACAAACAUCCAAAACCAGAUAAUGAAGUUUCUGUUGCUACUCAUCCUCUCAAUAACGACAGGUUAUGAAGUCAGCUUUGGAAUGAAAGCAUGUCACCAAGGAUGGUUUCAAGACACCUGCAAAUAUCCUGAAAUAAAUAAAUCACAUCAAGACAAUGAUAUAGUCGAUUCCAAUGAAACAACCACUCAAAGCUCUGAGAAAGAUGAAACUGAAGGCAGAUUUUACCAUGAUACAAAAAGGAAAAAUCACCAUGCAGCCAUUAAAGACCUUAAAGAUAAGUGUAAAUUAAACCGAAGAUCAAACUCGACUGACAGAAAAGACGAGAAACCAGAACCUGAGCUUGAGAGCUGCCAACGAACACUGAAUCUCAUUUUGUACAAAAAAACAUGUGACUCUCCUGGAGAUGAUUACAUGUCUGGGUUCACGUUUUUCUGCAGACAGAACAAUUUCACCUGUGAAGAUAUUUUAUUAACAACUCAUCCUGAUCCUCAAAAGUCAAAAGGAUUAUUCAUUCUCACCAGCCAUGGCUUUAGCGCCUCUAUCAGUCAUGUGUCCCGAUGGGAUACUGGUGUCUACUGGUGCGCAGUGGUAUCAAAUGAGGGAAGAUUUUCACUCAAACGAGUAAAAAUUAACCUCUUAACCCCAGCGCCCCUAUAUGCAAUAAAGAAAUCAGCCACUGUUGGACAGAACUUCACCUACUGGUGUAAAUACAACCAGGAUAUCUCCUCACUUAAAAAAUUUUUCUGUAAGGGAGACGAGCCAUCUAUAUGUAAGCCUCUCAUAAACAACAGAAAGACUCACAUAAACAGGUUUUCUAUGAGUGAUACAAAGAAUAAAAUUACUAUAACAGUGAGAGAAAUAACAUUAAAUGACAGCGGGACAUACUGGUGUGGAGCAGAAAGACCCGACAACCAAACAAGCAACGUUUUCUUUGGCAGAUUGUUCCUGACUGUAGAUGGGCCUGCAAACACAGCACCUGAUGCAGCUUCUAAAAGUCAUGAUGUAGUGAUUGUUGUGAUCGUCUGUGUCACUUUGCUGCUGCUGCUGCUGCUGGUGUUUGUGAUCGUCUUGAUCCUUAUCUACAAACGAAUUUCAAAAUUACAAAACACAGGAAAUGAAGCAGCUGUGCAGAAUAUAAAAGAAGAGAAUAUCUAUGAAGAGUUCCAGGAGCACCUUGAGUAUCCAGACUCAGAAACUGCAACAAACACAGUUUAUCUCACUGUGAAUCCCCCAAACCAGCCUGACUCACUGCAUUACUCUACCAUCAACUUUCAAAGCAGGUCUAACAGAGCUGGUGGUGAGACACUGACUGUCAAACCCAGCUCCUCUGCCUACAAAUAUUCUGCUGUGACGUUCAGCAAACGUCCGACCAACUCAUCUGUUAAUCAGCUACACAGACCUACAGAGGAGUCUUUGUACUCCAGAGUCAAAAGGACGGGAAAAAACUAAAACGGGAAUUAGAGUUCAUUUCUCUUGUUAGAAAUGUAUAAAUUACAGAACCUGUAUGGCCAAGGAUUCAGGUCAUUACAUCUGUGUUAUUACAUCAGUCCAUCUAAGACUGAUUAACACCAAACUUCUUAGUUAGUUAUUUAAGCAAUGAUUUAAAAAAUGAUUUAAAAAAUCCUAAACAAUCCUGAUUUUUAUCUUUCGAUCACUCAAUGUCAUCUAUCUGGAAAAGUGCACACAUUACUCUGCUGUACAACCACAGUGUGAUUCUUGAAAUCAACAAAAAUCAAAAAUUAUUUCUAUAGCACAUAAUUAUGCAACAAAGUUGAUCAAAGUGCUUUGCAGUUGGUCAGACCAAUAAUAUAAGACAGUUAGAAUAAAAACAGUGAAAAGGAGGGCAAGAAAACAAUAUGGGUAAACAGCAUAACUAGCCACGAAAUUACCAACUAGUUUGAAUUAAAAGCCAGACUAAAACAAUAAGUUUUAAGAUGCAAUUUAAAAGACUGGAUGGACUCGAAGGAACAAAUAUAAGGAGCGAGGUUAUUCCAGAGUCGGGGUGCUACGAUAGCAAAGGCCCAAUCACCUCUGGACUUCAGACGAGACCUCGGUUGCGUCAGGAGCAUCUGAUUGGAAGAUCUUAGUGCUCUAUUAGGAAUAUACAAACGGAGGAGUUCAGACAGAUAGCUGGGAGCCAAAUUGUUUAGAAUUUUAAAGGUAAGCAAGAUAAUUUUGAAAUUGAUACGAUCUUCAACAGGGAGCCAAUGUAAGUUGACUAGUACGAUUUGACAGCUGCGUUUUGAACUAAGUGGAGCCGGUGAAGAGAAGAGAAGAAUAUGGGCGGCCUGAGUAGAGGGAAUUUCUUCCCUACCUUCCCUUUUUCAAUUAGAACUCCCAGUGGCUCCUUUCAUGGAGGAGUGGCUCUACUUCAAGCCCCUGCUGAGUGGUCCUCACUUUAUCUCACUUAUCUCAUUUCUAUCACUUUUAUCCACAAUCACAUUCUUUCAUUUAGUGACUGAAAAAAAUUAUAAUCAGUUAUUUCUGUACCUUAAUAAUAAUCGUAUCCUCUCACAGCAUAAACUGGGUUUUCAGAUUGAAAUACUUCCCAACUAAUACUCUCUUAAAAUCCCGUGUUCUCUGCCGAUCGUGGUCAUCUUAAAGUGGUGAUAGUUGUAGGUCUGACUAAAGCUUUUGACUUGGUUCAUUUUUCUUUCUUUCUCUUUUUUUUUUUGUGCCUGUCCCGUUUGGAUCUUUAGCCAUCAGAAUUGUUGUUUGAAGGCCAAGAAAGAUGCCAAGCGGCUUUACUUUACCAACUGGAUCAUCAUAGCCUUGCCAUAUUGGUCCAUUUGAUUGACCUUUAUUAUAAUUAUGUAUUUAUUUUAUUUGGUUUUCGGAUGUUACA